AUGAAUAGUGCUUUUUCAAAAUUAAAACUUGGACUUAGUGGAAAAGAUAAAAUCGAUACUUUUAAGCGUAUUGAGGAUAUUAAUAGUAAUAAUAAAAUUACAGUACAACCAAGUGAUUAUUCUGGUAUACUUAAAGCUAAAAUAAAUAAUAAAAGAAAAGUUAUAAAUGGAAAAAAGUACAAAGGUAUUUUGUCAUGUGGUAUAUUAACAUUAAGAAGAUUAAACAAUAAAAAAUUAGAAAAAAAUGGUGUAGAAAGUAAACCUCUUAAUAAUAUAAUAGUUGAUUUAGGUUCUGUAAAUAUUUUUUAUGAUGAGGUUAAAUGUUUUUUUAUAUUUAAUUUUCCAAAUACCUGUUUACGUAUAAAAACAAAACAAAAAGAAUUUGAUAGUUGGAAAAAAAUGAUAUGCCAACAUAAAUGGUAUAAUCAAUAUAUAAAUAAUGGAAAUGGAAAUUUAAAAAGAGAAGGUUUAAAAUUUUUAGAUUUAGAGAGUGAUGAUGACAAUUCAGAGUAUACUGAGGAUUCCUCUAAAAGGACAAAUAUUUCUGAAGAGGGGCAAAAGGCAAAUGUUUCUAAAUCUAUUAGUCAAAUUGUUCAAACAAAAGAUACUAUUACUAAAAAUGAUAAAACAUUAACAACUACUUCUAAAUCUUCUGUUUGUGAGAAGAAAAUUAAAAAUGCAUCUAAGGAAAAUUUAUUUAUUUCUAGAUCACCAGAAGUAAUAGAAGAAAUGAUGGAACUUAUUAAACUUUUAAUGUCUACAGUUCAAACAAUGAAUGAUAGAAUUAUUAAACUUGAAAUGUCUGUAUCUAUAAAAGAUAUUGAUAGUAAUAAAGAUAGUCCUAGAGACACAUCAGAAAAAAUAAAUGACAUUAAAGAUAAAAAUGAAGAAACAAUUACAUCUAAUAAUUUAAAAGAAAUUCAAUCAAAUAAAAAAAAUGAAUCAAUUUCAAGACAAAUUAAUAAUAGUUAUCCAUUAUCACCAAAUGUAGAUAUUGAAAAAAUGUCAUUCUCAUCAAUUGAUUAUAAAAAUAGAAAAAGAAGAGAGAUAUUACCAGCAACACAAACAAUUCCUGAAAAUCUUUCAUACACUCAAAUAUUUAAAUGUUUAUUUUCAGGUGGAAAUUUACCUAUUACUAUAUAUGAACCUAUAUCAUCACUUCAACUUUUAUGUUGUGAAUUACAAAAUGCAAAAAUUUUAAAUAAUAUUUCAAAUUUAGAUGAUCCAAUAGAAAGAAUAUUAAAAGUUGCUGAAUUUGUUAUUGGUAGUUCUAGUGAUUGUCUUAUUCCUGGAAGAAGAAAAUGUUUUUCAACAUUUCCAGGUGAAACAUUUGAUUAUAUAAGUAAUGAUGGUUGGAAAUUUCAUGGUGAACAUAUAUUAAAAUCUCCAAUGACUAUAGCAAGUUAUAUUGAACAUGAAACAUGGGAAAUGUUUAUGUCAGCUGAGUUACAUUGUCAUAUGUCAUAUAAUGUUGUUGAAAUAAAUAGUAAUUUACCAAUAAGAUUAAAUAUUCAAAAUAAAGAAAGUUUUAUAUGGAAAAAACCUAAAUUUAUUAUUAACAAUUUAAAAGGUUUACCAAAAAAUCGUCAACCAUACUAUAAUGAUACAAUAAAUAUUACAAAUUCAGAUGGACUUACAAUUGAAUUAACAUUUAAUAAAAAAGCUGAAAUUGAAGGAAACUACUUUUCUGUUGUUACAUAUACAAUAAAAUCAAAAAAAUACACUCUUUAUACAGCACCAAAUAUUUCAACAUACAAUGAAAACUUUUAUUCAUUUAAUAAAUUUACUAUUGGUAUUAAUGAAUUACUUAAUGAUGAAAUUCCAUAUAUUGCAAGAUCUGAUUCACGUCUUAGAAAUGAUAUAAGAUAUUUAGAACAAGGAUUAAUAGAUAAAUCAUACAAUGAAAAAAUAUUAUUAAGUGAAAAAUAUAAAACAUUAACAGAACAUAUACCAUUAUGGUUUACAAAAGUUUAUGAUCAAUUUUCAAAAGCAAUCUUAUAUAAAAGUAAUUUUAAAUAUUGGCAAUCAAAGAUGGAAAAAUUUAACACAGAAGAAGAAAUAAUACUAUUUUUUAUAUAUUUUGGAUGGAUAUUUGCACAGUCAAUUGAAAGUCCAGGAAUAUAUCAAAAAAUAUGUUUAAUAUAUUAUAAUGAAUCAAAUAUUGUUGAUUGUACACAGAUUGAGGAUGGUGAUGUUGAGGAUGAGAUACAACAACGUACUGCUCAAUGGUAUCUUUAUACAUCAUUAUCAUAUAUGAUUCCGGCAUUAUUUGUUGAUACAAUACUUGGAGCAUAUGGAUUAGCUUUUACACAAUUUUUUUAUAUAAUUAUACUAAAUCCUUCAAUAAAUGCACCAUAUUGGAUUAUGAUUCCUGUAUUAUUUUUAUCAGGAUUUACAGGUUUUAUUAAUACUAUACCAGCUUCAUGUAAUGCAUAUUUAGCUGAUCAAAUAGCAGAUACUAGUUCAUUAACAAUAAGAUCCGGGAUUUUAAGUCUUUUUCAAUUAGUUGCUAGUUCUUUAGGUGGUGUAUGUGCAGGUUUAUUAUUUUAUAUAUCUAUUACAACAGCUAUUAUCAUUGAGUUAGCAAUUUUUUUUAUAGCAUUUUUAAUUGUUUUAUGGAAAAUAAAACAUUAUCCUAAUAAAAUACGUACUUUUAGUAUAGAACCUAUAUAUGAAGAAAAUGAGAAUGAUAAAAAUAAUACAUCAUUUUUAGGAACAUUUAAAAAUAUUAUAAUUGAUAUAAAAUAUUUAUUAAUUAAUGGAUGGAGAACAUAUACUAAAAAAAGAAGUGGUAAUAAAAGAAUAUUUAUGUGGAUUACAGGUGGUGCAUUAAUGAUAAGUUAUACAACAAGUGUUGAAACAAGAAUAAGUUCAGUAAUGAAUUCAUAUGCCUUCCGUAGAACAGAUGAUGAUGCUUUAAAUUGGGAUUCUAAAAGACUUGGUUUUUGGAAUGGUAUUGGUUAUGGUAGUUUAAUAGUUGGAACAUUUAUUGGAGUAUUUAUUUUUAAAAGAAUAUUUAAAUUUCAAGAGACAACAUUAAUUAUAAUAUCAUUAUUAUCAUCUUCGGGUAGACUUUUUUUAAUAGCAUUUGCCACAACUGAUCUUCAAAUGUAUCUAGCUAAUGUUUGUGGAUGUUUUGCAUCAUUAAUCCAACCUGCAACUGUAUCAUUUAUAGCGCAAUUAGUUUCACUUGAUGAAGUUGGAAGAGCUUUUGCACUUUUUGGAGUUGGUAGUAAUAUUACUUUUUUAAUUAUAAAUUUUAUUUUUAGUUCAAUAUAUAUUAUGUGUGAAGCAUGGAUGCCAGGAUUUUUAUUCUUAUUUAUUGGUGUAAUUCAAAUAAUAUUUGUAAUUGCUAUUUUAUGGGUUCAUUAUCAAAGUAAACUUGAAGGAAUAUCAGCAAUAAAAACAGUUAGAGCUAAUACUGCUGGAAAUGAACAACGUCCCAGAAUGUCAAUAGAUAUUACAUCUUUUAUAAAUAGGCAUUUUAAAAUAGAACAAAAUGAGCACAUUAAUGAUAUAAAAAAAGUUACUACAUUAACUUCUCUUAAAAAAGUACUUCGAAAAAAAUUAUCACAAAAUUGUAAUACAAAUGAAGAGAAUGAAAAUACUCAACCAACAAAUGGAUCUGUAAAUACAAUUUCUACAAAUCUCAUGAAUUAUAAUAAUUAUUAUGAAAGGAGAGCUUCAAUUAUGACAUUUCACUAG